AAAUAAUAUACAUGCAUUAUAUACAUCAAAUAGGAAUGAUUGUCUCACUGUUUACUUUUCUGCAAAAACUGAUAUUAAUCUUUGCAUGUGUUUUUAGUUGUUUUAAUUUUAAUUUUAAUUACUUGUUGUUAAAGAUAAUAUUAUUUAACUAUUAAUUUUUUUUUCAAAAUGACAAAUGAAAAGAAAAAUAACUACAAGACAGCUUUUACAAGGAAAAAGAAAUAUCAAGAAAAUGACGAAUCGACUGAUAAUAAGCUUAUAAGAACUUUGAACUUAUUCGAUUUAACUCUUUUGACCACUGGCGGAACUUUAGGAGCUGGAGUUUACGUAUUGGCUGGUGUUGUUGCAAAAACAUUUGCUGGACCUGCUGUUGUUUUAUCUUUUAUAUUAGCUGCUGUCGUAUCCUCAUUUGCAGGUUUAUGUUACGCCGAAUUUGCCGGACGUAUUCCUAAAGCCGGUUCUGCAUACAUUUAUACGUAUGUUGCAAUAGGAGAAUUUCCCGCAUUUAUAAUUGGUUGGAAUUUAAUUAUAGAGCAUAUCAUUGGAGUUGCUUCUAUAGGAAAAGCUACAAGUAAUUAUAUUGACUCAUUACUUGGAUAUCCACAAAAACAAUUUAUGCUUAAACAUUUUCCUAUUCAUGUGGGAUUCUUAGGAGAAUUUCCAGAUAUAAUGUCAUUUUUAUGUAUUAUGCUAAUAACAAUGUUAGUUGCGUGGGGCGUCAGAGAGUCUUCUCGGGUCAAUAAUAUUUUGACAUUAUUAAAUUUGCUUACUAUUCUUACAGUUGUACUUACUGGAUGUUAUUUUGCCCGUAUAUCUAAUUGGACUAUUAAAAAAAGUGAUAUACCUUCCGGGGUCAAUGGAGGCGAAGGCGGAUUCCUACCUUUUGGUUGGUCUGGAGUGAUUGCAGGGGCUGCCAAAUGUUUUUAUGGUUUUAUAGGUUUUGAUUCUAUAGCGUCUACUGGUGACGAAACGAAAAACCCAAAAAGAAAUAUUCCUUUAGCACUUAUUAUUUCCCUUAUUUGUAUUACUUCAGUUUAUGUAUCCAUAGCUAUCGUAAUGACAAUGAUGUGGCCGUAUUAUGAUCAAGAUUCUAAUGCGCCAUUGCCAGUUAUUUAUGACAAUUUGGGGAUGUCUUUUAUUAAGUACAUAAUUUCCGGAGGAGCAAUAUUUGCCUUGACAACUACUUUGAUAGGUGCUAUAUUUCCAUUGCCAAGAAUUUUAUAUGCAAUGUCUUGUGAUGGUCUCCUGUUUCAAAUUUUAUCAAACAUCAACAACACUACUAAAACUCCAUUUAUAUCUUCCGUAAUUUGUGGCUUAAUAUCAGGUACAUUAGCAGUUAUAUUCAAUUUAGAGCAACUUAUUGAUAUGGCUUCUAUUGGUACCUUCCAAGCUUAUACUAUUGUUUGUAUAUGUGUACUUUUGCUCAGAUACAAAGCCAAUAAUAAAAUGAAAAAUACAAUAGACCUAAACAAUAGUAAUGGAAGUAUAAUUUACCGUAUUCUCAUAAAAUGGUGCAAUUUGUUAGGCAUAAAAACUCCUAAUUCAGAUACUCAAGCUGUUUCUAGAGUGUAUAUAUUGGUUUAUGUCUUUGCUGCAUUUUGUUUAUCUAGUUCAUUAACGAGUAUUAAUGUCUAUGAAAGCAUAAGAAAUUAUUUUGUUGUGGUUAGUGUUAUAUUAGCCGUAAUGUUAAUUUUUAUCAUGUGCCUUUUAAAUCGUCUUCCUCAAGCUGAUGAAAAUAUGUACUUUAAGGUGCCAUGUGUCCCUCUUAUUCCUUGUUUUAGUAUUUUUUUGAAUAUUUAUCUAAUGAUGACAUUAGAUUAUAAAACAUGGAUACGUUUCUUUGUAUGGAUUAUUUUAGGAUUACUUAUCUACUGGCUAUAUGGAUUUAAACAUAGCCUCGAAUCGUCUGAAAAAAAAGAAGAAAAUGAAGUCAGCAAAUUGUAAAUAAAUGUAUUUUUUAUGUGAAUAAGUCAAUGAAAAUUCCAGUUUUUUAAUUCUUUAUAAAUUAUGAAAUUUUAAUUUUUAACUUACGAUGAUUAGAAGUGAUUAUUUUAGUUUACUCUUAUCGACAAAAUUGUUACAAGAGAAUGGAAAAGUGUCUUUUGAUGCGUUUGAACAGUUAAGGCUAAUAAUGUAUAGUAGAUCUUUUGCUUAGGAAAUAAUGGUUCAUAUAAACAGACCAUUAACCUUAAAUUGUAUAUCAGCAACCAUUAAGAGGAAGUAAUUUUAAAAUAACCUAGGUGCAGUUUAACUGUCUCUUUCUAUCAGAUUUUCAUGUAGAUACAAGUGGACUAAUAGAAAACACAAAGUCAUUUUAUCCGUGCGUUCACGAACAUAUAUCAAAUUUUACUUACGUGAGAAACCACAUAUGAGUACUUAUGGAAUAACUUUUUAAAGUGCAAUGAUAUAAUAUUAUAAUAGAAUUUUCAAUAUAUCUUUAAUUUAUAUUUUAUAUUUUAACUAGAUUUAAACGAAAUUGAACUAUUUUUACUCAUUGGUGAGUUUUGACAUUGUUAUUGAAAAUGGCUUUUCUUUUAGUGAAUUAAUAGCCACGCAAUAUUAAAUUUCAAUUGUAAAAAUAAUUAUCUUUUUUGUAUGGCAUAACAGGUAUUUGAGACCAAGAACGUUACAAUCAUCUAAUUAUUUAACAUAUCAAUUGAUUUUUUUAGUUGAUAUUAUAUGCUGUAUACUGCAUAUAUAUUGUAUAUAAAACAAUAAAUAAUCUAUUAUAUAUAAAAUUAAAAAAUACAUAAUUUUUAUUAUAUCUUUCUAAACUAACGUUA